GCUGAUAAAAGUCACCUAAACGGCAAAAACGAAAUUAAAGUAACAAUCCCAGGUAUAAAAAUUGGACAUAAUAGACGUCCAAGUACUGGAAAACAAUUAAAAAAGAGAAAGAGAGUUAGUAGGCAUUCAAGCAUGGCUUCUACUCAAAAGACAGCCUUCCAUAUGAGAAAUAAGAAGGAAGAACCAAGAGAAGCUAAAAAUAUUCGAGUGACCAAUACCACUCCAAUACUAAAAGCAAACCAUCCCAGGAAAAAUUUCAGUUAUUCGAAACCUAAAGUAGGAGGAAGGUUGCUAUAAACUUUCAUAAAACAGUUGGGAAUAGUUUAAAUAGAAAGAAAUUGCAGGAGAAACGGAAGAACGUCAAACCAGACUUCAAUUCAAUGAUAAUAACCUCUCUUAACAAAAACAUAACUAGAAAAUAAUACAUCUCCUAUAAGAUUGAAUAAUCAUGGAAUAAAAGAUCUUACAGAUCUGGAUAUCAUGUCACAACCAAAUGUUCAAAAAGCACAGGAAGAAAUACCAAGGCCAAAUAACAAUAAGUUCCAUUCCUCAAGUGAACCUAAAAUUUACUAAACCCUUAGCCAUUACAAAGAAUUGGUUUAAAAAUUCCAAGAUUAACGAAUCAUCGAAAUUUCUAAGUUUCAAGCAGAAUUUGUCAAAGUUCAGGAUUCUCAAAUAAAUCCAAAAAGGGUUCUAAAAGUAUCCUUAGCAACAGUGUAUCCAUAACUCAUUCUAUCCUGAAAGAGAACUCAGCUAAUAAUUUGCUAGCAAGAACACAUGUGUUGUCUGAGGAUAAAUUUAUCAAGAGAUCUACUAAGCCGAAACCUAAUAAAUCAGAUCCAAAGCACAACUUAUCAAAAUAAAGACCUAAAAGCUUCUAAAAAGACCCGAACAGCCACUAACUUCCUCCCCCACUCAAAGGAUAUGACUGGAAUAUUCCAGCUCAAAACAACCUCAAACUUCUACAAGAACCACAAGCUGUUGGCUAGCUUUGAGAACACGAAGAAGAGGAAAGAUCAAGGAUGCAUGUGAAGUUGCCACUGGCUUAUCAGAGGGAGUAUCCUAAGCUGGUUUGUGAGAAGGCAAGGAAGAAGGCUUAUGUUUAGAAAUUUAAGAAGAAUACAAGAAAUAAAGCAAAGCACUUGACUGUUAUAAAUUCUGAUGAACAAAACUCCCUACCACACCCCAAAAUCCCAAAACCCCACCCUCCCUCCUCAAACCUCCACCACCCCUCCCCCAACACCCACCCCACCCCCCAAAACCCCAAAUCCAAGCUCCAAAACCUCUCCGACAUCAAAAAGGACGACAACACCAAAGCCCAAAAACAAAAAGACAAAAUCCGCCAUGAACAGUACAUGCAGUGGUGCCAGAAGGAAAUGGAAGGAGGGUUUACUUCCUUUGGAAUGGAGAGAGAUAGUAGGGAUAAGGCCAUGGUCGUGGAGUUUUUUGAUCAUGUUUAUAAGAAGUAUAAGGAUCCAGGGGAGAGUGAAAUGUUAGAGACUAAGGAGUAUUGACAGAAGGAGAUUAAGAAGAUUGAAAAUGAAAUUGGAAGGAAGGUUGUGGCUUAUGCCAGACCUCAUUUUUUGUAAGGAAAGAAAAUGGGGGUGAUGUUUAAUUGUAAAUGUGAAU